AAUACUCCUGUCUUCUUCUCGGGUCCGAACGAGAGAGAGAGAGAGAGAGAGCGAAGGAGAGAUCUGUGAAUUUGUAUCGCCGGUCAGUUCAACCUCCCCACCGAUCGAAACCAUGAAUCCCGAGUACGACUAUCUUUUCAAGCUCCUCCUUAUCGGGGAUUCUGGCGUUGGCAAGUCUUGUCUACUCUUGAGAUUUUCUGAUGAUUCUUACGUAGAAAGCUACAUUAGCACUAUUGGUGUCGAUUUUAAAAUUCGGACCGUGGAGCAAGAUGGGAAGACGAUUAAGCUCCAAAUCUGGGACACUGCUGGUCAAGAGCGGUUCAGGACCAUUACUAGCAGUUACUACCGUGGAGCACAUGGAAUCAUUAUUGUCUACGACGUCACAGAUCUAGAAAGCUUCAAUAAUGUGAAGCAGUGGUUGAGUGAAAUUGAUCGUUAUGCUAGUGACAAUGUGAACAAACUCCUGGUUGGCAACAAGUGUGAUCUUGCUGAAAACAGAGCCGUUCCAUAUGAAACAGCCAAGGCAUUUGCCGAUGAAAUUGGAGUUCCUUUCAUGGAGACUAGUGCAAAAGAUGCUACAAAUGUGGAACUGGCUUUCAUGGCAAUGUCUUCAUCCAUCAAAGAGAGAAUGGCAAGCCAACCAGCUGGGAACAACGCAAGACCGCCGACAGUGCAGAUCAGAGGACAGCCUGUGGCCCAGAAGAACGGCUGCUGCUCAACUUGAUUGAAUUGAUACCAUCCUUCUAGAAAAGUGUUCCUUCCCUUUGACUGGGCUCACUUGUACUUGGUCCUUUCACAAGAUACCCUUAAAUGUGUCGGUCUGUAAUUAAGAUCCUUGGGUUGGUUAUUAUUCUGUUUUUCCCGUUUCUUAUUUUCUUUACCUCGUGCCAACUCUUUUCACCAUUAUUGGUUUUUCAUUGCUACCUUUUUGGGUUCUAUGGACUCUCAUUUCCUAAUAACAAAUGCAUUCAUCAAUGAAAACAAA